UCUUUUACGAUACUCAUUCAAAACGCAAUGUCACAAAUAGCGUCAAGAAAACUGUUGGUUGUUGGUGGUACUGGAUUUCUUGGGUUGAACAUAUGCAAACUUGCAGCAAAUAAAAACUGGGAAACCAUCAGUCUGAGGUACACGUGUAGAUGGGGCAGAAAUAAAGAGACAGUCAGCUAUAAAAAUACGGUUGUUUGACACUACCACUUCCAAAUUUACACUAGUCGGAAGGGAGAACCUGAACAGUUUAAACAAUUCGAAAAGCCCGAAUGGGCUUCAAAAGUACAAUGGAUACCGGGGGACUCUCUUGCACCAGAGACAUACAGAGACGUAUUAAGUGGCGUGACAGAUGUUGUUCACUCAGUCGGUAUUUUGAUGGAAUCUGAUUAUAAGAAAUUAGCACAGGCACAAUCAAUAUGUGACGCAGCUAGUCAGCUUCCAAAAUUUAUCUUGGGCAUGAAAGAUGGAGGCAAUCCUCUCGAUCCAGCCCUUGAGACGAAUCCGAAGCCUACAUAUGAAAUGAUGAACAGAGAUACAGUCAUCACUGUUGCUGACCAGGUGGCAAAACUACCAUCUAUAAAGUCCUUUACAUAUAUUUCUGCAUCUGACGUGUUUCCUUUCAUUAACCCGCGUUACAUCACGACGAAAAGGGAAGCUGAGACUCAUUUGUUCAGACACUAUAAAUUCAAAACAGUGGUUUUGAGGCCAGGCGUGAUGUAUAACUAUCAGCGGCCUUCAGUUAUGCCGAUAGUGAAUCUACUUCAAUUGACAAAUGCAAUCACGAACCCCUUUAAGGAUAGUAUCGCAAGUUUACCAGGUGGGAAGAUGUUAACGACACCACCACUAAGAACAGAUGAAGUAGCUAGAGCAGUCAUUCAGAGUAUUGAGAACGGUGAACAUGGUAUAUUCGACGUUGAAGGGAUAGGAAAAUUGAGCCGUAUGGCACGGUAAUCUAAAACUUAUCAAUAAAAAAAGAAGGGCUGUGAUGCCGCCGCACACAAUGGUGAAUAAGCUUGAGCAAGGUACGAGUUAUGUGUGCAUAACCACAACAACAAGUAACAGAAUUUUUCAAGAUCUAGAAUUUGCAUGAUUUUUUUGCAUUUUUUUCGUUGUUUUUUUUUUUUUUUUUU